UGACAUUUCUCCAGGCAACUCAAAGAACAGAAUUCAUUUUCAGCUUUUCGUGCUAAAUAAUUUAAUUUACGACUUAUUUUGUUUAAUAACACAUUUUCAUGUUCGUUUAUGCUUUUAAUUACAACAUUAGAUUAACAUUCGAGCCGUGCCAGUGUAUUCAGUGUAUACGCCCUUGAAAAUCGUGUGUAAAAAAUCUAAAGUCAGCAUAGCAACAGUACUUAGAUCCGUAUAAUUAUUAUAUUAUGGGAUACCGCCGGGAUUGUACAUCACGGGUGCCUUUAUGAGAUGGUUGAUGAAAAUGUACGGGCAUUCAGAAGUGAACAAGAAAAAACACUGAAUUAAUAUUUAAGGUAUUGUAAGUUGCAAAAGUGGUGCUUUCUAUUAGUGUAAGAUGAUAACUCGAAGAUGGUUCCACCCCUCGCUGAAUGGUGUGGACGCGGAAAAAUUGCUCAUGGAGUGCGGUCAUGAUGGGUAUUUCCUGGCCAGGCCAAGUUCAAGUAAUAAAGGAGAUUUCACUCUCUCCGUCCGAAGAGGAAAUGAGGUCACUCAUAUAAAAAUUCAGAACAACGGCGAAUUUCUCGAUCUUUAUGGAGGUGAAAAAUUUGCUACCCUGUCAGAACUCGUCCAAUAUUAUAUGGACAAUCAAUGCCAGCUAAGAGAAAAAAAUGGAAAUAUAAUUAGGUUAAAAACGCCUCUCAACUGUGCAGAUCCAACAACCGAACGAUGGUACCACGGGCAGCUCACUGCCAAGGAAGCAGAGAGAAUGAUGAUGGAAAACGGAAAAAACGGGUCGUUUCUCGUUCGCGAAUCCCAAAGGCAACCUGGCGACUUCGUGUUGUCCGUUCGCACGAGAGAUCGAGUUACACAUGUGAUAAUUAGGCGAAAGGACAACAAAUAUGACGUAGGUGGGGGGCAACAGUUUGACGAUCUCGUAAGUCUAAUAGAAUACUAUCGUAGUUUUCCCAUGGUCGAGACUACUGGUGAGGUACUAAGAUUAAUCCAACCCUUCAACGCUACACGUAUACAGGUAAGACAUUUUCACACGCGCGUAAAACAACUUCAAAAGGAAAACGAGGGACCCAUCGAGAGCAUGGCCUACAAACAAGGUUUCUGGGAGGAAUUCGAAACGUUACAGAUGAUGGAGAACUUGCAGUUGUUCGACAGAAUGGAGGGUUCGAAACCGGAGAAUAUUAGGAAAAACAGAUACAAAAAUAUUAUACCAUUCGAUCACACGCGUGUUAUUUUAAAGGACAUCCCCCCUGACGGUCCUCCGGGCUCAGAUUACAUCAAUGCCAACUACAUUCGAUGUGACAGUAUGGAUUCCAUUUCCGAUUCCCAAGAAUUCACAGGGAACGGCAGCACUGAAAACGGCAAAGACGGUACGCCGUCGAAAGCUAAAGAUAAAUCAUCGCCUGUUCAUACAAGCGUUAUCGUAACUGAAGAGCCGGUCAAAUCAAGUAAGAAGGUGCACGGCAACGGAACACACAAGCUGCCGGCGUUCGAACCGAGCGUUCUUCGUCCCAACCCGAAUUAUUUCAAUACGACAAUACCGAAAUCAGCGACCGAAACCGAAAACGGUGUGCCCACUGUACACGUGUACAACAAAACGUACAUAGCUACUCAAGGCUGUCUUUCGACAACAAUAUACCCGUUCUGGUCGAUGAUAUGGCAAGAGGACGUCCGCAUCAUCAUAAUGACGACAAAGGAGAUCGAGCGCGGGAAGGUCAAAUGCGAAAGGUACUGGCCGGACCUAAACAAAACAGAGGUCGUCAAGAAGUACACGAUACUUAACGAAUUCGAAUCCUCCACGCCGGAUUAUACGCUUCGACGGUUCCUUGUCACGAAAAAAGAUGAGACUACAGUGAAGCGGACCAUAUAUCAUUUCCAUUUCACGGCCUGGCCGGACCAUCGUGUGCCCUCAGAGCCCGGUCGCGUGCUCAACAUUCUGCUGGACGUGAACUACAGGCUACAGCAGAUAAUGACGGGGACCGAUCCUCCGGCGCAGGCGGUCGUAUGUGUUCAUUGCUCGGCGGGUAUAGGUCGGACGGGAACCUUCAUAGUCAUCGAUAUGAUCUUGGACCAAAUAAGAAAGGAAGGGUUCGACUGCGAGAUCGACAUACAUCGCACUGUGCAGAUGGUGCGCGACCAAAGGUCCGGUAUGGUGCAGAACGAAGCUCAAUAUAAGUUUAUCUACAUGGCCGUGUUGGAGUUUAUCGAAACGGAGAAGCAAAGGGUAGGUCUCGGGCCGGAGGCGGCACAGGACUCGCCGCGAGCCAGGUCUAUGCCCGUACCAUUUUUAUGAAUCGCCUUGAAAGUUCAAAUUAAAAUAUCAAAAGCUUUAUAAACGUCGGAAUAUCGUAGAUGAAUGUAAAUAAUAAUAUUUUAAAUGCAUCUAUCUUGUAACUUGGUUAAAAUUUCUCAUCCAAAUGUUCUAUUAUGUGUGAUAUAAAAAUGAUUUUGUCUAAUUAAGUACCAAUUUUCCAUUUCUAUUAUGUCGAUUACUUAAUAGUAUUGGGUAAAACGAUAACACAUAACCGUAUAAUUUCAUGUUUUUACGCUGUUUUACAAGGAGCACACAGAAGACACACGUACCUAAGAUGAAAUGGAUAAACUUCCAAUAAAAAAUUGUAAAUUAUUCCGUAAGAUCGAUAUUGGUUUUCGUAACGUCAAUUUACGAAUAAAAUUAAACUUUUACCUUUAUGAGCAAUUCAUAAAAUUUUGCCGAAAAAACAUUACCUUUAAAUUUUAUUUUUUAAAAAGAAACAUAUUUGAUGCUGGUAUUUUACUUGGUGUAGCGUUUGGCAGUGAUGGUAUCGAUUUUUUUGGGUUAAGGGGAUAUUGGUUGUUUGAUGAAUUUUGCUGCUUCACGAAGACGCUAGUCGACGCUGGAGAGCUCAGACGAGAAGUAGAAGGCUUGCUAAGAUUCGCCCGACUACUUCGCUAGUGAAUCUACCCUCGGAACGAAAUCGCGACUAGAUAUGAAGGUCCGGCAAGAAACUCAGCGGCCUGAUCCUAUUUACACCGCACUUUUGAAACUCGCUGAAAAUCGACCCAUAAUAUAGCUGCACUAGCGUUGGAACUAGUCGCAUCCAAUACCACCGUAAGUGGAUCCUCCAGGAUGUGUCUAAGGCGUCGAAAGUGAUUAGCUGCUGGUGCGCCGGGUCAAGGCUGUAGCUUGCGGCGACCACGAUAAGGGGGUUAUCGUGUUGCAUCGUUGUCACCAAGAAAAUUUCCGAUAUCUAACUACGCAUGAAUUUAAGAUCUAGAUCGUCGUCAAAACAACUCACGUACCAUAGUGCUCCCACGGCUAACCUAAGUAAGGGAAAUUCUUAUGUUCGGAGGGAGUUUACGGGGUGUAAGCCGUGUGAGUGAACACUGCGUAAUGCCGCGUGUGCAAGUUUUUUUUUAAUCGCCGUAUAGGCAGAGGAGCAUACGGCCCACCUGGUGAGUGGUUACCGUCGCUCAUGGACGUCAGCAAUGCCAGGGG